UAGUGGCGCUGAUUAUAGAUGCUCUUUUAUUUACGCGAUUUACCUGUUAUUUUCGCCAAUGUUUUCAUGUUGUUGAUUAUCUAAUUUAUAGUACAAAAAGUAUGGCUUCAGAUGUCCAGGCACCUUUGCCCAUUGGGCCACAACCUAAAGUCAACUACCCUAUGAAUGUUGUCUACUGCGGAGAGUGCACAAUGCCGACUGAAUACUGUGAAUACUUUCCCAACUAUGAAAAGUGCAAGGUCUGGCUUGAGAAGAACAUGCCGGACAUGUUUGCAAAGCUUGGUGUAGCGUCAGAAGAGGGAGCCGGUGAGGGCGAUACAGACGAGAAAAAGAAGCGGCAGACGCGCGGCGGAAAAGGUCAGGUGAAGACGAAGAAGAAGGCAAUGGGCCCGCAGAAGGUGUGCCUGUCAACAGCGCCACGAGGCAAGAAGAAAUCGGUGACAGUCAUCACAGGACUGAGAACUUUUGAUAUUGACUUGAAGGUUGCGGCAAAGUUCUUUGGUCAGCGUUUUGCCUGUGGCUCUUCAGUGACAGGGGACGAUGAAAUAGUUAUACAGGGUGAUGUAAAGGAUGACCUCUGGGACGUUAUCACAGAGAAAUGGCCCGAGAUUGACGAUGAUCUGAUUGAAGACCUGGGACAUCAGAAAAGAUAACACAUGUAGAUGGUUUCGGAGUAUUUCUGUCCAUGCAUCAGCCGGUGCAUCCUUUCGUCCGGUCCAGUUCAAGAAGUGCAUGCACUAAAAUGAGAGGGUCCAACGGAAACUUUUCCCGUUUGUUUAUUAUUUUGAAAAAAAUUAUGUGUGAAUAAAUAGUCGAUGAAUUUUCAUAA